CCCCGAGAGGCGCCGCGGGAGCAGCGGGACGGCAGCGCCGGCACUGCCCCUGCCCCGCCGCCGCACGGAGCCCCCGCCGCCGCGCAGGACACUGAAGACCAUAAAAGUUUGAUUAAAAAGAAAAAAUGCCCAGAAAGACUAUAGACUAUGGAGUGAUGCCUGAGUAUGAGAAAAGCCAGAUCAAAAGGACCUUGGAAUUGGGAACUGUUAUGACAAUAUUCAGUCUCAAGAAGAGCAGCCCAGAAAGGAGGACUAUUCAAGUCAUAAUGGAAACCAGGCAGGUAGCAUGGAGCAAGACAGCUGACAAGAUUGAAGGUUUCUUGGAUCUGAUGGAAAUAAAAGAAAUUCGCCCGGGAAAGAAUUCAAAGGACUUUGAACGUUGCAAAGCAAGGCACAGAGAAGAACACUGCUUUACUGUUUUUUAUGGAACCCAGUUUGUCCUCAACACCUUAAGUUUAGCAGCUGACUCUAAAGAUGAUACUGAUAAAUGGUUGUGUGGCUUGAAUAUCUUGUAUCAAGAGGUCAUGAGUGCUCCCACACCUGCAAUCACAGAGAGCUGGCUGAGAAAGCAGAUCUAUUCUGUUGAUCAAACUAGAAAAAAUAGUAUCAGUCUUAGAGAGCUGAAAACUGUCCUUCCCCAAGUAAACUUCAAAGUGAGCAGCAUGAAGUACUUGAAGGAUAAAUUUGCGGAAAUAGGUGCUCAGAAGGAAGAGCUUACUUUUGAACAAUUUCAUUUGUUCUACAAGAAAAUCAUGUUUGAACAACAGAAAUUGAUUCUUGAUGAAUUCAAAAAGGACUCCUCUGUUUUCAUUCUUGGAAAUACUGACCGUCCAGAUGCUUCAGCAGUUCACCUCCAUGACUUCCAGAGAUUCCUGAUACACGAGCAGCAGGAAUCUUGGGCACAGGAUCUCAGUAAAGUCCGAGAACGAAUGACAAAGUUUAUUGAUGACACUAUGAGAGAAACUGCUGAACCUUUCCUCUUUGUUGAUGAGUUCCUCGCUUACCUAUUUGCAAAAGAAAACAGUAUUUGGGAUGAGAAAUAUGAUUCAAUAGAUGUGCAGGACAUGAAUAAUCCUUUGUCCCACUACUGGAUUUCUUCCUCUCAUAACACAUACCUGACAGGAGACCAGCUUCGCAGUGAAUCCUCCACAGAAGCUUACAUCAGGUGCCUCAGGAUGGGAUGUCGAUGUAUUGAGUUGGAUUGUUGGGAUGGUCCUGAUGGGAAACCCAUCAUUUACCACGGAUGGACACGGACAACAAAGAUCAAAUUUGAUGACGUAGUGCAGGCAAUCAAAGACCAUGCCUUUGUUACAUCUGAAUACCCAGUGAUUCUGUCAAUUGAAGAGCACUGCAGCGUGGAGCAGCAGCGACACAUGGCCAAAGUUUUCAAGGAGGUAUUUGGGGAUCAGCUUUUGAUGAAGCCUGUUGAAGCCAGUGCAGAUCAGCUGCCAUCACCAACCCAGCUAAAAGAAAAAAUCAUCAUCAAGCACAAAAAACUGGGGCCAAAGGGAGACAUUGACGUGAACUUGGAAGAAAAGAAAGAAGAAAAGAAGCAACAAGGAGAACUUUACAUGUGGGACACAAUAGAACAGAAAUGGACUCGGCACUACUGCGCUAUUGCUGAUGAAAAGCUUUCAUUCAGUGAUGAUAUAGAACAGAGUGCUGAUGAAGAUUCAUCCAAGGAGGUGAAACGAACUGAACUGCACUUAAAAGAGAAAUGGUUCCAUGGGAAAAUGAAAGGGGGGAGAACAACUGCUGAGAAACUGCUCCAGGAAUAUUGUGCUGAAAUGGGUGGCAAGGAUGGGACAUUCCUGGUUAGGGAAAGUGAAGCUUUCCCUGAUGACUACACGUUGUCGUUCUGGAGGUCAGGCAGAGUCCAGCACUGCCGGAUCCGUUCCACCAGUGAUGGGGACACUGUGAAAUACUACCUGACAGACAACCUGACCUUUGACAGCAUCUAUGAUCUCAUCCAACACUACAAGGAGGCCCACCUGCGAUGUGCUGAAUUUGAGCUGCGCCUCACCGAUGCUGUGCCCAACCCCAGCCCUCACGAGACCAAAGAUUGGUACUAUAACAACUUGAGUCGGGGUGAGGCAGAAGACAUGCUCAUGCGCAUUCCUCGCGAUGGAGCCUUUCUCAUUAGAAAGAGAGAUGAACCCGAUUCUUUUGCCAUGACUUUCAGGGCAGAGGGGAAGGUGAAGCAUUUCCGAAUCCAGCAGGAGGGGCGGCACUUCGUGCUGGGCACCUCAGCCUACUUUGAGAGCUUGGUGGAGCUGGUGACCUACUACGAGAAGCACCCGCUGUACAGAAAGAUGAAACUGCGCUACCCCGUGACAGAGGAGCUGCUGGAGCGCUACAGCAUGGAAAAAGAUAUUAAUUCCCUCUAUGAAGUCAAGAUGUAUGUGGAGCCCAGUGAAAUCACCCCCACAGUGCCUCAGAGAACAGUGAAAGCCUUGUAUGACUACAGAGCCAAAAGGAGUGAUGAAUUGAGCUUCUCUCGAGGAGCUUUAAUUCAUAAUGUCACAAAGGAAACUGGAGGCUGGUGGAAGGGGGAUUAUGGAGAAAAAGUCCAACAUUAUUUUCCAUCUAAUUAUGUUGAAGAUCUGUCAUCUGAUAACUCUGCUGAGCUUGAAAAUCAGAUCAUUGAGGACAACCCACUGGGCUCUCUGUGUCGUGGCAUCCUGGUGCUCAAUACAUACAACGUUGUGAAAAUGCCACAAGGAAAACACAAAAAGCCUUUUGUCUUCAUUCUGGAACCUAAGAAUCCAGAAGAUCCAUGUGUUGAGUUUGCAACUGAUAAAGUAGAAGAACUCUUUGAAUGGUACCAAAGUAUCCGUGAGAUCACCUGGAAAACAGCAGAAGAGGAGAACAGGAGGAAAUACUGGGAAAAGAAUCAGUUAAUUGCCAUUGAAUUAUCUGAUCUAGUAAUCUACUGCAAGCCAACAAGCAAAACCAAGGACAAUUUAGACAAUCCUGAUUUCAGAGAAAUCCGUUCUUUUGUGGAAACCAAGGCAGAGAGCAUUGUUAAGCAAAAGCCACUGGAGUUGUUGAAGUACAACCUGAAGGGCCUGACUCGUGUCUACCCCAAAGGACAGAGGGUUGACUCAUCCAACUAUGACCCAUUUCGCCUCUGGCUUUGUGGCUCCCAGAUGGUGGCUCUGAACUUCCAAACUCCAGAUAAAUACAUGCAAUUGAACCAUGCCUUGUUUUCCCUGAAUGGACGCACUGGCUACGUGCUGCAGCCAGAGAGCAUGAGAAAUGAGGAGUAUGACCCAAUGCCAAAUGACUCCAAGAGGAAAUUGCAGAUGAUUAUGACAGUGAGGGUUUUAGGUGCUCGUCAUCUCCCUAAACUUGGUAGAAGCAUUGCCUGUCCUUUUGUAGAGGUUGAAAUUUGUGGGGCUGAAUAUGACAACAGCAAAUUCAAGACAACAGUUGUGAAUGACAAUGGCCUUAAUCCAAUUUGGGCACCUUAUGCAGAGCAAGUGAGAUUUGAAAUUUACUAGCCAAAUCUGGCGUUCCUGCGCUUUGUUGUUUAUGAGGAGGAUAUGUUCAGUGAUCCCAACUUCUUAGCACAUGCCACUUUUCCCAUCAAAGGAAUCAAAUCAGGUUUUAGGUCAGUUCCUCUCAAGAAUGGCUACAGUGAAGAUAUAGAGCUGGCCUCGCUGCUGGUGCACUGUGAGAUGCAACAAGUUCUGGAAAGUGAAGAGGAGCUUUAUUCCUCCUGUCGGCAACUUCGGAAACGCCAGGAGGAGCUGAACACCCAGCUGUUCCUCUAUGACAGCCACAUGAACCUGAGGAACCCCAACAGGGAUGCAAUCCUGAAAGAAUUCAACGUCAAUGAGCACAAACUACACAUUUAUCAAGAGACUUGCAACCGCAGAUUAAAGGAGAAGAAAGUCAGUAACAGCAAAUUCUACUCUUAGAGCCCAUCAUUCUUUGAUGUGUGCUUUAUGGUGCAAUUCAGGAAGAGAUGAAUUUAUCCUGG